CCAGUUAGAUUUCCCCGUCAACGGGUUGUGCCAAAACUGUGCUCACUGCGCCUUGCUUCCUCUCCACAGAACGAACACGGACGAAAAGAACACCAUGUUAUCCAGAUUUAAAGACGCUACAUUUCAGCAGUGAAAAGAGGAGGGAGAGACGGAGGAGUGAGCUAACAACAUAGGCUAGAAAGGGACUCGGAGAAGAGAGAAUCCCACCGACCAUCUGCGUGAGGCGAGAGAGAGGAGGAGGAGGCCGAAGGGAGAGCAGCAGCAGACUGCGCUUUGGAAUAACCUACGGUUCCCGUUGAUUUGAAAGGAGAAUUUUGAAUUGUAUUUAUUAUACUGUGAGACGUUUUACUAAAUUCCCACAAAAUGUCAUCUUCUGGCAAAGACAACAGCGCACACUAUAUGAACUAUGUGGGACCUUAUCGUUUGGAAAAGACCCUCGGCAAAGGACAGACAGGCCUGGUGAAGCUGGGAAUCCACUGUGUCACGUGUCAGAAAGUGGCCAUCAAGAUCGUCAACAGGGAGAAACUCAGCGAGUCUGUCCUCAUGAAGGUGGAGCGAGAGAUAGCCAUUCUGAAGCUCAUAGAGCACCCUCACGUUUUGAAGUUGCACGACGUCUACGAAAACAAGAAAUAUCUGUAUCUGGUGCUAGAGCACGUGUCAGGGGGAGAGCUGUUUGACUACCUGGUCAAGAAGGGACGGUUAACACCCAAGGAAGCCAGGAAGUUCUUCAGGCAGAUCAUCUCAGCUCUGGACUUCUGCCACAGUCACUCCAUAUGUCACAGAGAUCUGAAGCCAGAGAACCUGUUGUUAGAUGAGAAGAACAACAUCAGGAUAGCAGACUUUGGCAUGGCGUCUCUGCAGGUCGGGGAUAGUCUGUUGGAGACCAGCUGCGGAUCUCCUCACUAUGCCUGCCCAGAGGUCAUAAGGGGGGAGAAGUACGACGGGAGGAAAGCAGACGUGUGGAGCUGCGGGGUCAUCCUCUUUGCACUUUUAGUGGGCGCCCUGCCAUUUGACGAUGACAACCUGAGAAACCUGCUGGAGAAAGUGAAGUUGGGUGUUUUCCACAUGCCCCACUUCAUCCCCCCAGACUGUCAGAACCUCCUUCGGGGCAUGAUCGAGGUGGAUGCCACUAAGAGACUCACGUUGGAGCAGAUUCAGAAGCACAACUGGUACAUAGCUGGGAAGAACGAGCCUGAGCCGGAGCAGCCUGUCCCCAGGAAGGUGGCCAUCAGAACCCUGAGCACUGAAGAGAUAGACCCGGACGUCCUGGAGAGCAUGCACUCUCUGGGUUGCUUCAGAGACAAGGGCAAACUCACCAAAGACCUGCUCUCUGACGAUGAUAACCAGGAGAAGAUGAUCUACUUCCUGCUACUGGACCGGAAGGAGAGGUACCCCAGUCAGGAGGACCAGAACCUCCCCCCGCGCAGUGAGAUUGCUGACCCGCCCAGGAAGCGGGUGGACUCCCCCAUGUUGAACCGCCAUGGGAAGAGGAGGCCGGAGAGGAAGUCUAUGGAGGUGCUGAGCGUCACAGAGGGGGGCUCUCCUGUACCUGUACGACGAGCCAUCGACAUGGCCACACAUGGACAGAGUAAGUCUGUUUUCAGUAAAAGCUUGGAUAUCACAAACGCUAACCUCACCAAAGAAGAAAGGUCACGGUCUAUCAGCGGAGCGUCCUCCGGUCUCUCCACUAGUCCUCUCAGCAGUCCCAGGGUGACUCCCCACCCCUCUCCGCGGGGGAGCCCCCUCCCUACCCCCAAGGGCACUCCGGUGCACACGCCAAAGGAGAGCCCGGCGGGCACCCCUAGCCCCACGCCGCCCCCCAGCCCCUCCAUCGGCGGGUUGCCCUGGAGGACGCGUCUCAACUCCAUCAAGAAUAGCUUCCUGGGCUCACCGCGCUUCCAUCGCAGGAAAAUGCAAGUUCCCACCCAGGAGGACAUGUCCAGCCUCACACCAGACUCUUCACCAGAGCUUGCCAAGAAGUCAUGGUUUGGUAACUUCAUCAACCUGGAGAAAGAGGAGCAGAUCUUUGUGGUGAUCAGAGACAAGCCUCUCAGCUCCAUCAAAGCAGACAUCGUUCACGCCUUCCUCUCUAUCCCCAGUCUGAGCCACAGUGUGAUCAGUCAGACAAGUUUCCGGGCGGAGUAUAAGUCCACAGCCGGCCCUACAGUGUUUCAGAAGCCGGUCAAGUUCCAGGUGGACAUCACCUACACAGAGAGCACCGCCGCCACCAAAGAGAACGGCAUCUAUUCGGUCACCUUCACCCUGCUCUCAGGUCCCAGCCGCCGUUUCAAGCGUGUGGUUGAGACCAUUCAGGCUCAACUGAUGAGCUCACAUGACCAGCCCGGGGUCCAGCAGAUCUCUGGCAGCCCGUUGAGUAACUUCUUUGACGUAAUUAAACAGCUUUUUUCAGACGAGAAGAACAGCCAGGCGUCGCACAACCCCCCUGGCCCACCCGGCACACCUAGCCCCGCCCCCGCCAAGCAUGCCCCCGGCAGCAGGCGAAACGAGCCAUGUCCCCCACCCACUCAGCCCACUGACUCUAAAUGCCCCCCCGCUUCUGGGCAAAGACAAACAAACAAAGAUGGCCGCCACCAGCCGGACUGGGGAACAACCUUAAGACCGGAGAGAAGUAGCUAGCUCUCUGUUGCAUGACUAGAUAAUAACCACCUGUUAUCAGGUCAUUCAAAGCCCAAUACAAAACCCACGAGAGUGUGUGAGAGAUGACAAAUGAAAUGAGAGAUGCUGCUUUCUUUGCUUUAGUCAGUAGGCUUAGUGUGUUUGUGUCUCGAGAAAAAAUCUACUUUUGAUUAUCACAGAGAGAAACUUUUGUACUGUAUAAUCAUGGAACGACUACUCUUUGAGUUUAGCAAUCGAUCAUUGAUCAGUAUUUGACGAUAUAAGUACUACAUGUAGCCAUGUCCCUUUUCUGUUCAUCUACCCUCUCGUCCCUUUCCCACGCCGUGGGAUGUGUGUUGGUGUGUAUGUGUCUGCUCUGUGAUGAUGGCUUGACCUUGUCUCUACCACCAGGGAUCAUCACUAAAACCUAUUAGAGAAACAAGAUGGAGGACAGUGUGUGUGUCCCAACCUGGGGCACUUUGUCAACAACGGGAGUAAGUGAGCCAGAGACGGAGGACAAGAGAAAGACUUCACAUACUUCACACUGCUGUCCCCCUCCUCCCCAUGCACCCCCUCCUGCUUUCCACCCGCACACACAAAUACACUAAACAGUAGAGUACUAGAGAAUCUCUCUUCAUCAUGACAGACACCCAGAGACAGAUUAGCCGAAGAGUUGGAGAAAAGCCUUAAAAAGACUGAUGUUUGUCAAACCUAUACUACACGCAUCCCCUCUCCUCCUUUCUCUCCUCAUUGUCUAUCCUCCUACACACACACACACACACACACACACACACACACACACACACACACACACACACACACACACACACACACACACACACACACACACACACACACACACACACACACACACACACACACACACACACACACACACACACACACACACACACACACACACACACACACUGGGGGGGAUGUAAAGACUUGUGCACAAAGACGAAUGGAAGUAGAACCACUGGCUCCUAUGAAAGUUGGAGAGAGGAGGCGCGACUCUUGGACGUUGGAUGGACGUUGGCUGAACGUUGGCUAAACGUUGGCUGGAUUGUAAUUCUUUUUAAUGUAGUCCUUCUUUGUGAACUACAGGAUUUUAACACUUUAGACGUAUUCAGACUCUGUGUCAUUGCUGUAAAUGAAAUGAAAUUGAGUUAAUUGACUUUGGGUGGGCAAUGGGGAGGGAGGGUACACAAAUGAAUGAUCUAUUCUGUUGUACAGACUAAUAACUACAGUAUGUUCCCAUAUGUACAACGUUUGUGUAGUUGUGACAUUAUGUUUAGCUAAGAACUUAUCACUAUCUUCUGUGUUUUCUACUUUUUGGAUGUGUUUUAUCCAUUAAAUGUUGUAUUUUAUUUUCGGUUACCCUUUGAGGGAUGAAUCAUUUCAGGGGUUAAUUUUCUUCCAUUUUUAUUUUUUUCAUGUUCCUUUGAAAUAUCUGCAGGAUUCAGACAAUAGUGGACAUAAUUAUUGUGUAUAUUUGUGUACCUUAUUGCAUUUUUUUUGUCACGUUUGUUUUAAUUUAUUUAUUUAUAUAAACGAUGUAGAAAAUGUAUUAGAUAACUAACUUAUAAGGAUUGUUUUUGUCAUGUUUCAUUUAUUGAUCGUUGAUCAUUCUCUAAAUGUUUUUGUGAACAUUCAUUCUUUCAUCGAUGAGAAAGCUUGUAAUAUAUACAUUUGGAAAAUGAUUUACGGUAAUUUAAGAAUGUAGACUAGUCUCUUUGAGAGGAACGAGCCCUCUGUUGAUAAUAAUUGUGCGUUCCUUCUCGUUGUGUGUGUACGACAUCAGAGACAUCACUCCAGCCACUCGCCUUGUAAAUACAAAACAAUUUGCUGACAAACUUAUUUCAAAAAAACCAAGGGGACUCCUACUCUUAGCUUUUACCUUGUGAUGUCGUUUGCAUGUCCAACAUGUGUCUUUUCUUUGCAUGUAGUUGUUGGAAUUGUUCUGUCCCUUUCCCCCCUUCUUUCUUUCUUUCUUUCUUUCUUUCUUUCUUUCUUUCUUUCUUUCUUUUCUUUCUUUCUUUCUUUCUUUCUCUCUUUCGUUCUUUCUUUCUUUUCUUUCUUACUUUCUUUCUUUCCUGUCUCUUAAUUUGUUUCUCUUAUUUUUCUUUUCUCCCUCACCACUUCGGUUGUUUGUUCGUCUUUGAGUUCUUUCCUCGCACCCUCCCCUCCCCUUCCUUAUACUAUUGUGCACAUUUACCGUGCAAUGCAUCCUCUGCACGCACAAACUCACACACACACACACACACACACACACACACACACACACACACACACACACACACACACACACACACACACACACACACACACACACACACACACACACACACACACACACACACACACACACACACACACACACACACACACACACACACACACACACACACACACACACACACACACACACACACACACACACACACACAGUCUCUCUCAAAGAGAGACCCGAUACUCUGGUCACGAAUUCUGUCUGGGGUGGGAAUUGGUAUCAGAUGAGAUAAAAUAAAGCAAUACCUAUUAGUGUUAUUCUUUCUAUUUUGUACUAUUGGGUAACCAGGCCACACAGGACGAUGGACAUACAGUAGAACACAACGCCAGGAGCGCUGGUAUUUAGCAGGAAACCACUGGCAAUGUAUCCCCUUGUGACAUAACUGUGAACAACUUCAGUGCAAAAGGAAAUAAAUCUGUCGACUUUGGAAUUG